GCAUCCAUACCAACUCCCAUCAAAACAACCUCCGGGGGGAGUGUGUAUGUGUAUGUGUGUGUUUAAGGCUUCGAAACUUUUUGUUGUUUUUUUUUGCAACACACACAUACACUUAUCGCAAAGAAAACGGAGUCUGGGGAAGGCGAACCUCAGACGCGGUAGUGAGGCGAGGAAGGAGUGAGUGAGUGAGAGUGAGUGAGGGAGGACGGACUCCGCCGCCUUCCGAAGCCGAUCCUUACGCUUGGAAAGGCGGCUGCCUGCUUCAGGCUGAGUCCCUGCGCGGCGGGCCGCCUUGAAACCGAGCCUGACGAUGCUUGUUAGUUUCGUGCUUCGAAACUGACGAGGAAAAGGUUUCCAUGUUGAGAUCGAGCUCCUGAACACCCCCUCCCCUCUCUCUCUCUCUUUCCUUUCCCCCCUCCCCUCCUCCAUUUAAAAAAAAAUAUAGAAGCACCUUUCUUUAAAGAAAACGGAGGGAAGGGGGGAAAGGGGAAGGGAAGAGAGGAAAAAAAAAGAUUUCGUAUUUCCAAAAAAAGACUGAUGGACAAUAUGUCUAUAAUCACACAAGUCAGCAAAGAGGAGCUGAGAACGCCGCUACGAGAGAAAGGUCGCCUGUCCAUCUCCAGCAAGAAACUACGGCAGCGCGGUAUCCUCCGCACAAUCUUCUGCUGCCUCGCUCACGGUGAGGAUGAUGGUGAGCAGGCUCUCGGCAACAGAAACAACAACACAUCGCAGUUACCCAGCAGCAAGAACAGCACCACCCAGACUCCUGUCAACCACCACCUUCUGCCGGAAGUGAAGGUUCAGGACAGUGGGAAGAAAUGUGUUGUGAUCGACCUCGAUGAGACUUUAGUUCACAGUUCGUUUAAGCCAGUCAGCAAUGCAGACUUCAUCAUCCCCGUGGAGAUCGAUGGCAACGUACAUCAGGUGUAUGUUUUGAAGAGGCCCCAUGUGGAUGAGUUUUUGAGGAGAAUGGGCGAGCUCUUUGAGUGUGUGCUAUUCACAGCUAGCCUCUCCAAGUACGCAGAUCCUGUUGCCGACCUCCUGGACAAGUGGGGAGCAUUUAGGGCCCGAUUAUUCCGUGAAUCCUGUGUCUUCCAUCAAGGAAAUUAUGUCAAGGACCUCAGCCGGUUAGGGCGGGACUUAAACAAUCUCGUCAUCGUCGAUAACUCUCCAGCUUCCUACGUCUUCCACCCCAACAAUGCUGUACCCAUUGCCUCGUGGUUUGAUGACAUGUCUGAUAGUGAAUUGCUGGACCUCAUCCCUUUCUUCGAGAGACUGUCGAAGGAAGAGAAUGUUUUCAAGUUGCUGCAGGAAUACCAAUCGAGGUAGCACUGACAGACGCCCUGAAUGGACCAUGUCCUGGAGUUGGACAAAUCUCGAUCUUCCUGCUCCCUCACCAACACACUCCCUCCCCACCCCACCCAUGCUGAGGAGGGGCUGGGGAGCAACUCUGCUUUGGGUGAAGCCAUGCCUCCUCUCACCCUGUGUGCCUUUUCUUCAUGGAGAGGGAGAGCAGUGAACACGUGAGGGCUGCUCACCCCGACAGCAGUGGGGGGUGAGUGACACACACACAGACACAUACACAGAUACACAGACACAUACACAGAUACACAGACACAUACACAGACACAUACACAGACACAUACACAGACACACAGACACACACACACACAGACACACACACACACAGACACACACACACACAGACACACACACACACAGACACACCCAGACACACACUUUCCCACCCGCAC